AUGGCUGUGGAAGACGCCUUCAACACAACAUGGCUGUGGAAGACGCCUUCAACACAACAUGACUGUGGAAGACGCCUUCAACACAACAUGGCUGUGGAGGACUCCUUCAACACAACAUGGCUGUGGAGGAUGCCUUCAACUAACAUGGCUGUGGUGGAUGCCUUCAACACAACAUGGCUGUGGAGGAUGCCUUCAACACAACAUGGCUGUGGAGGAUGCCUUCAACACAACAUGGCUGUGGAGGACGCCUUCAACACAACAUGGCUGUAG